GAUGGUGAAGUCUCCGGACGGGGAGAAAAUUCUAUUCAGAAAAGGUGCAUGGAGUCCUGUAGAAGAUCAGAAGCUGAAAACUUACAUUGAGCGAUACGGCAUUUGGAAUUGGAGUCGGAUGCCAAAACCUGCUGGUUUGGCAAGGUCUGGGAAGAGUUGCAGGCUCCAUUGGGUGAAUUACCUAAGGCCAGAUAUUAAGCGUGGAAACUUCAGCGAGGAAGACGAGGAAACUAUACUCAAGUGGCAUGAAGUGCUGGGAAACCGAUGGUCUGCUAUUGCUGCAAAGCUUCCUGGAAGAACUGACAAUGAAAUUAAAAAUUACUGGCACACGCACUUGAAAAAGCGCCUCAAGAAUAAUUCCUUAUCAACGAUUGUACCACAAACGGUUGUUGAUGUUAGCAAGAAUAAUUCAUCUAGGAUUCAAGAUCUUUUACUUUGUGAUGCCCCUAAAGUUUCAAACUUGUAUGGCACUAGAGAUAUUAUACCGAUGUCACCGCAGCUGUCAACAGAUCAUGAUCUAUCAUCUUUAAGCACUGACCCUGCUGUUGAAAUCGAUAGAAAACAACCGAUAGAGGAGAAUUUUGGUUCAUCUAAAACAUUUGAAGAGCUCCAAACUUCAUGGGAGCAGACACUAUCAUUUCAGGAGCAGGACAUAUUCAUGCCAGAGAUAGAUCCUGGAUUUGUCUGUCCAACUACAGCAGUGUGGCUCCAAGACCCCAUAUAUCAUCCAUGUAGUUCCUAUAAUGAGUUUUGGGUCGAUUUAUCAAUGGAAGCAGAAAUGCAUGGCAUGUGACAGUAUCUUUGCUAAUGUAGAUUUGAGAUACAGGAAAUUGUGUCCCUUUCCUCAAAUACAUUUGAUGUUUAGUAUGUAUAAAGGUCCAAUCUAAUGUGGCACUGUUGCUCGUGUGCAUUACUGGCAUUACCACAACACCAAGAACUGGUUUGGGGUGAUGAC